CUGAUCAGCUGACUCUGCCGGGAGAGGAAGGGGAAAGAAGAUGGAAGGGAACAGAGACGAAGCUGAAAAAUGUAUAAAUAUAGCGACAAAAGCCCUAGAAGCCGGAGACAAGGAGAAAGCGGUGAAGUUUCUCAACAAAGCAGAGAAGCUGUACCCAACUGACAGAGCCAAAGCUUUGUUGGAUGCAUUAACGAAGAAUGGGAGCUCAACAGGAAAUGGCGCAUAUCGAAGGAGACCAGCAGAAAGCUCAGAAAGCUCUGGUGCCCAGCCAGAAAGGGAAAGCCAAGAUUCUGGUGGAGGUGAUGUUUCUAAAGGCUUCACCAAAGACCAGGUUGAAGGUGUGCAAAGGAUAAAGCGGUGUAAGGACUACUAUGAAGUGCUGGGUGUCAGUAAAGAAGCCAAUGAGGAUGAGCUCAAGAAAGCCUACAGGAAACUAGCGCUCAAGUUCCAUCCUGACAAAAAUCAUGCACCUGGAGCAACAGAGGCCUUUAAAAAGAUUGGUAAUGCAUAUGCAGUGCUGAGCAACCCAGACAAAAGACGGCAGUAUGACGUGACGGGAUCGGAGGAGCUAAGCACCCCCGGUCACUCACACGGAGGAGGCUUUGACUUCCACAGGGGCUUUGAAGCUGACAUCACUCCUGAGGACCUCUUCAACAUGUUCUUUGGAGGCGGCUUCCCCUCCUCAAGUGCACACACUUUUAACAACGGCAGGACGAGUUACAGCCAUCAGACAGAUUAUCGCCAAGAGAGAACAGAAGAAAGAGGAGAUGGUGGUUUCUCAAUGUUUAUCCAGCUGAUGCCCAUCGUGGUCCUGAUUUUAGUGUCAAUACUGAGCCAGAUGAUGGUUUCCCCUCCACCUUACAGCCUCUACUCUAGACCGUCCACGGGUCAGACCGUAAAACGGCAGACAGAAAACCUGCGUGUCGACUAUUACGUCACUAGAGACUUCAAGUCAGAGUAUAAGGGCUCUGCGCUGCAGCAGAUUGAGAAAAAUGUGGAGGAGGACUAUGUAGCAAAUGUCAGAAAUAACUGCUGGAAGGAGAGACAGACAAAAACAGACCUGCUGUAUGCCGCUAAGGUAUACAGAGACGACCGAAUGCGCAAGAAGGCCGAGCUCAUGACCAUGGAUAACUGCCGGGAGCUGGACAGACUAAAUAACCUGUUCAGAGGCGGAUGAGUUGGACGCUUUUAGAUUAUGUAAAUGUAUAUUAAUAGAUGUGUAUGUUCAUGUUUUUUUAAGGAAGAGUCUUUACACUAGGAGCAAAAACUUAAUGAAAUAAUAUAGCUCUAUUGUUGAGGUUUUAAAAUGUCCCUCUCCUCGUAUCCCUCCACCAACUUCUCUUCUUCCUCACUCCAGCCUGACCCCAGGAAUCGCCUUGUUACAACUUUAUAAACCAAUCUACACACACUGUAGAAAGCCCCAGACAUUUUCUUUUGUUUACUCUGCUUUUCUUGUGUUUUUUUCCUGGAAACAAGGACAAGGACACUUGAUUGUGUAAAGGCAUGUGCUUCGAGUAGUGAGAGGCAUUCUGCAUAAGAAAAUCACUCUCUUAAGAUCAACCAACAGCUUUUGUCAUCAAAAAGCUUGAUGACAUGCUUGACAUGAAUAUAAGCUGUCCUCCAGCCAAAUCCUUUUUUCUUUUUUUUUCUUUUUUUUU